AUGGAGACCAAGGCGCGUAGAGAAAAGAUGGAAUGGGUUCAGGUGAGAAUGGGUUUUGAUGGUAUGCUGGUUGUUGGUCGGAAGGGAAUGGGUGGUGGUUUGGCGCUUUUCUGGAGAGAGAAGGACAUGGUGACUGUGUUGGGGUACUCUGCGAACCAUAUUAAUGUGUCCGUGCAUCUGCCGGACAAAAUACCAUACAGGCUGACAUGUUUCUAUGGAUACCCGGAGCGUGCAAGGAGAGAGCUAUCAUGGAGACUACUGCGGGGUUUAAAAUCGAGCACGGUCAUGCCCUGGAUUGUGAUCGGGGACUUCAACGACAUCGCCAGCCCAUCUGAGAAAAAGGGCGUGAACCCGUAUCCCGAUGGGCUUAUCCGUGGUUUUAAUGACACGCUAAACUACUGUGAGUUAUGUGAUUUAGGGAUGGUAGGGUAUCGUUUCACCUGGGAUAGAGGACGAGGCACAGAUCAUUGGUUGGAGGAGCGGUUAGACAGGGCGGUAGGCAAUGUGGAGUGGUGUGUUGCGUUCCCUGAAGCUAUAAUGAGGAAUAUCCUCACGCUAAACUCGGAUCAUAGCGCUAUCUUUUUGGACCCUGAUGGCAGUCCGGUGUGUAGGGUGCACAGAGAGUUCCGGUUCAAGGCCGCAUGGUUAUUGGAUGAGGAAUGUAAGCAGGCUGUAGAGAGGGUUUGA